AUGGAGAAAAAGAAAAAGAAAACAAAAAACGAUCAUGUACAUAAAUCACUUGAAAAUGCCAUAUUGCUUAGUAAGAGUCACAGAACAUGUGAUGAUAAAAGUAAAAAUGUUAAUGAUAAGAUAAAUAGAAAGAAUUAUAGUUUAUUUAUUAGAAAAGAAAUAUUUGAUCAUGCGAUAAUAUAUACAACAAACAGAAUAGAUGAAAGUAACUUAUUAAUAUAUUUAAAACAUUUUUAUCAACAUUUUAAGAAGGAAAAUGUAAAUAAAAAUAUAAGUAGAAAAUAUUUAAGCGAUGAAAUAUAUAUAACAUUAAACGAUUGGAUUAGAUAUAAUGAAUUAAUUAAAAAUCAAGAAAAUAGUGUACAUGCUAAUAUAUUUACUAUUAAUAUAUGUAAAUCUUUAUGGAUAUUAUUAAGUAUAACUAUACAGAGUGUGCGAAAAAAAAAUAAUUUGAAAAAACAAAAAACCAUAUUUAAUACUCCUUUCGAAGAUUUACAUAUACAUAAAUAUAAUCAUAAUGAUAAGAAAAAAAAAAAUGAAAAUGAUAAUGAAAUGGAUAAAACGGACACAUAUCUUAGGGAGAAAAAAAAUAAAAAAGAAUAUAUAAAAGAAAAAAAAAAUACUCAAAAUAAUUAUGAACAUGGCAUCAAAAAUAUUGAUGGCAUAAAAAAAAGUGAUGGCAUAAAAAAUAUUGAUGGCAUAAAAAAAAGUGAUGGCAUAAAAAAUAUUGAUGGCAUAAAAAAAAGUGAUGGCAUAAAAAAUAUUGAUGGCAUAAAAAAAAGUGAUGGCAUAAAAAAUAUUGAUGGCAUAAAAAAUAUUGAUAACAUCCAAACAAAUGAUAACAAUCAGUUCCAUGUUUGGGGUGACGAUUGGUUAAAUGAGGAGAUUUGUAUAGAGCUCGUUAUUUUUUUCAUUAUUUUACAAUUUUUAAAAAAUGAUAAUACAAAAAAGAUGUAUGACAAAAGUUUGAGUGAGGACCAUUGGCCUAAUAUAAAGGAAAGUAAAGCUGGUGCAUUAAAUAUCAACAGUGUGGAUAAUACCAACAAGUUGGAUAAUAUAAACCGAUUGGAUAAUAGCAACAAGUUGGAUAAUAUAAACCGAUUGGAUAGUAUAAACCGAUUGGAUAGUAUAAACCGAUUGGAUAAUAUCCACUGUGGUAAUAAAAACAAUUUAAAUUGCUCUUUUAUUAAUAAAGGCAACCUGUGUGAUUUAUUUCUAUUAAAUGGUAAUAACUACAAAGAGUUUUUAAGAAGAUAUUUACUUUGUUUUUUUUGUUGUACUGAUUUGAAUAAUUGUGUAAGUUUGUUAAAUAUGCCUUUAUAUUUCAAACGUUAUCAUUUUUUACUUUUAGAUUUUAUUAUAGAAACGAAUAAUGAAAAGAAUGUUCAUGAGAUGUACUUAUUAUAUAAUGAUCACAAAAUAUUGUAUAAAAGUAAGAACAUUUUAGAUUGGUUACUUGAGAAUAUUUGUUGUAAUGAUUUAAUAGAUUGUAUACAUGAUAAUGAUAUAAAAAAAGUGAAUGAAAAAUUACGAGGAAGAGAAUCUUCAUCAAUAUAUUAUGUUGAUUUUGAACAAAUAAAUAAAGAUAUUUAUGAAAUUAAAAAUAUAUAUGGACAAAAUAUUUAUAUGAAUGAUGAUAAAAAUAUUGUAAAUAUAAUAAAUUGUAAAGAAUGUAAUAUAUUUUUUUUUUGUAGUAUAGAAUAUUUAAAAAUAAAUUUUUGUAAAGAUUGUUAUAUUAUUUGUUUAUCGGUAGAGAUGAUAACAACAUUAUUUAAUUGUAUUAAUAUAGAUAUACAUUUAGUAACUAGAAAUUUAAAAGUAGAAAAUGUUAUAGAUACAAAUAUAUAUGUAUAUACAGAAACAAAUAUUAUUAUAUUUGGUGAUACAAGAAAUAUACAACUAGCUCCUUAUAAUAUAUUAAACACAAAACAAAAAGAAUGUUUAGAUAAAUCUAAAAUAAUUUUUACUGAGAAAAAUUGUGAUUUAUUUGCUUUUCCGUUAAAAUGUAAAAUGCAUUUAUUAAAUAAUUCUUUUAAUAAUUUAAUAAAUACAAUGAAAGCUCCUGCUUAUUUUUCUGCAUUACCAAUGGGUAUGGAGAAAGAUAAAGUGAAUAUAAAAAAGGAGGAUAUAACAUUACAAAAUGGUCAUAAUAAAAAUAAUGAUGAUAAUAAAAAUAACGAUGAUAAUAAAAAUAACGAUGAUAAUAUUAAUAAUUAUCACCAUCAUAAUAAUAAUAAUAAUAGUAAUAUUAUGAAGGAAAAAGAAAAAUGUCAGAAUACACAAAAAGAUAAUAACCAUAAUAAAUGUAUAUCUUUUAAUAGUAAUAGUGAUGUAAAAGAGGAUGAUAUAUCCCAUAUAUUAAGAGAUCAUAAAAAAAACGAACCAUUAUACAUGGGAAAUAAAUGUAUGGAAAAUACAAAUAACUUGUCUUGCUCUUAUACAGAUUAUGUUUAUUAUCUUUUAAAUCCUUCUAAUUUUUUUUUAAUUGAAUUCCCCAACAAUUUUACAUACAAUACUAAGAAGGAUAGAGAAGAUGAUACAGAAUAUAACAUGGAUAAUAUAUAUAAUAAGUUGAGUAUACCAAUAAAUAAUGUAAACAAUAUGCAGGAUAAUAUUAAUAAAUAUAUAUCUAAAGAAGAAAAGAGUAUAUAUGGAUGUAGUUUUCAAAAUAUAUGUUUACAACCACAUAUGAGUAAUUAUAUAAAUAAUAAUGUACAAGAUAAUUCGAAAUAUAAUUUAGAUGACAAAUAUGUGUGUCUAUAUUUACCAGAGGUAUAUAAAAACGCGAUAGAAACACAAGAUGAGCAUAUUAUAAACUUUUUAAAUUUUAUGAAUAGUAUAAAUCUAACAAAAAUACAAAAACAAAAAAUUAUGAAAAUAUUAAUGUUUAAGUUGUAUGAGUAUAUCAAAAAGUCUAAGAAGACGUAUAGGAUGUUAAAUAAUUUGGUACAGAGGGAACACGAAGGAAGUAUGUUAUAA